AUGCCUCUCAUCGCUUCAAACCCCAAGAACCGCAUCAUCCUGGGUCUCAUGACCUUCGGACCUGAUGAGUCCGCCGGUGCCCGAAUCACCGAUCUCGAGACGUACAACAAGGCUCUCGAUGUUUUCCAGGCCCGCGGUUACAACGAGGUCGACACGGCCCGAGUGUAUGUUGGCAGGAAGCAGGAGGCCUUCACUCGUGAGGCAAAGUGGAAGGAGAGAGGUUUGACUCUCGCCACAAAGGUUCAAUAUCCUGGACAGCCCGGCGACCAUGCUGGGGACAAGGUGAUUGAGUCUGUCGAAACUAGCUUGAAGGAGCUCGGCACCGACUCCGUUGAUGAUCGUGCAACCCCAUUUGCAGAGACGCUUGAGGCUCUGGAUAAGCUCCACAAGCAAGGCAAGUUCGUGAGGCUAGGCCUCAGCAACUUUACCGCGUUUGAGGUGGCCGAAGUUGUCUUGACGGCCAAGUACAACGGUUGGGUCCGGCCGACGAUAUACCAGGGCAUGUACAAUGUCAUCACACGCAGCAUCGAGCCCGAGCUGAUCCCGGCUCUGCGCCGUUACGGACUCGACCUUGUCGUGUAUAACCCCAUCGCUGGCGGUCUGUUUUCAGGCAAGAUCAAGUCUAAGGACAUUGUUCCGACGGAGGGACGUUUCUCGGACAACCACGGCACGGGAGGCAACUACCGCAAGCGCUACUUCCGCGAGAGCACGUUCAAGGCUCUUCAGAUCAUCGAGAAGGCGGUGGAGGAGCACGAGCUGACCAUGAUUGAGACGGCGCUGCGCUGGACGGUGCAUCACUCGGGCCUCAAGACCGGGGAAGCUGGUAACGACGGCAUCAUCAUUGGUAUCUCGAGUGUGCAGCAGCUCGAGGACAACCUCAACCAACUUGAGAAGGGCCCCCUUCCCAAGGCCGUGGUUGAUGCGCUCGAUCAGGCGUGGGCUAUCUCCAAGGCGGACACGACGAACUACUGGCACCUUGACCUUGAGUACAAGUACAACACCCGGGAGAAGCUGUUCGGCGAGGGGGCCAAGUGA